GCAGUCGCUGUACCCAGUUGGACCCCUUUUCCACACAUGUUCCGUCCCAUGUCACCCCCCGAAUGCAAAUUGCGACGGAAAGCUGGACGAAACAGGAGAGGGCUGUUUAUUUCUUCCCAUCUCAACUGUAUUCGUACGAUUCUUAGUGUUUUCUUUUCUUCUUUCUGCUUCACUCCUCUCUUCACAACAAGGAGGCCCGACACCAACCACAGCUGCAGAGUCGUCGACUUCUGCUUCAUGCUGCCGUCUACAUGUCCCUCGUGGCCCUCCUCCGCCAUGGCCUUCGCCUCCUGCUGCCGCUGGCGGUAAUCUCGACCUUUUACCUCUAUCUUUAUCCCGUCUUUCUGGGAUGCGCUUUUCCCGUCCCUCCAACCGGCAGCGCAUCGACCUCGAAUAGUCCGAGCCCCGUCGCCGACAGCAGUGCGGCUUCUGCUUUCCUCGAAGCUGCGCGACAACAUGUUCCUCUACCAAUUCCCCUCCGAUCAAGCGAAGCUCGCCCCGCGCCUUUCCGCCUUCUUGCGCUCGGUGACCCCCAGCUCGAGGGCGACACGUCCAUUCGAAAGCACGAUGGCCCAAUCUUUCCUCACGCAAGAAGCUUAUGGUCCCAUGUGACCUUCCAGUCGAGCAAUUCGUUGCGCCAGCGCAUUCGUCACUCUCUGCACGACGUUAUCGAUGUUUUCCUAGAGGACGUCUUUGAAGAGCUCGAGUCGAUUCGCAAGCGGAUAGACCUCUUUGGCAACGACUUUUACCUGGCACACAUCUUCCGAACGGUACACUGGUGGACUCGCCCUACCCAUGUUACCGUGCUUGGCGACCUCUUGGGCAGUCAGUGGAUUGGCAUUGAAGAGUUCCGGCGCCGCGGCCGUCGGUACUGGGAUCGCGUGGUGCGAGGAGCCGAAAAGGUUCCAGACGAAACCGCAGUGUUCCCGGCCAUGGAGUAUGACCUCACCGACUACCUUUCUGCGUCUGGUGAGCCCUCCGCCGUGUGGCCGCGCCGUGUCAUCAACGUGGCCGGUAAUCACGACAUUGGUUACGCCGGCGACAUCAACCAGGACCGAUUUGGUCGAUUCGAGCGCCUCUUUGGCAAGGCAAACUACGAGCUGCGCUUCGAGCUACCCAUCCAAGAUCCGAAACUCAACACCACCAUUGUGGAUGACGAGCAAAACCCCGAGUCCGAUCGCCUGCCCCCAGAGAUUCGCGUCAUCGUCCUGAACGACAUGAACCUAGACACUCCGGCCAAAGACACGUCUCUGCAAGACGACACAUACGCCUUCAUCAACGCAGUCAUUGAGACUUCAGCCGCCGUAGAAUACAGCGGUCAUUUCACCGUCGUGCUGACUCACAUCCCGUUGUACAAGCCUGAAGGUGUUUGCGUCGAUGCGCCCUUUUUCGACUUCCACGGCGACCACGACGGUGGCGGAGUCAAGGAGCAGAAUCUUCUCUCGGCUGACGCGAGCAAGGGCUUCCUUGAGGGCAUUUUCGGUAUGAGCGGUAACACGGAGGCGCCCGGCAACGGCAGAGGUCGCCGCGGCAUCAUCUUGAACGGUCACGAUCACGAGGGCUGUGACACGUACCACUACAUCAACCAGACGAAACCAGACCAACAAGAUCGGUCAUGGGAGGUCGAAAUUUGGCCGACAGCAAAGGGCCGCGGCGCAGUCGGGGCUGCUGGUGCUCCGGGGCUGAGGGAGAUCACCGUCAGGAGCAUGAUGGGCGACUUUGGCGGCAACGCAGGUCUGCUCAGCGCCUGGUUUGACGAGACCACGUGGACUUGGCAGUUUGAAUAUGCAACCUGCGCCUUGGGUACCCAGCACUUUUGGUGGUUCGUUCACAUCAUCGACCUGAUUGCCGUCGUGGCACUUGUAGCUUACGGCGUCCUAUCUGUGACAGCGACAAGCAGCGCCUCGGUCACAGCACCACCAGUCCAGGUGGAAAAGAAGGCAGUUCAAAACGGGGAGGCCAAAUAAUAAUAAUGUUGCUCAAAUACCCGGCAGGGAAAAGCCUUGUCUCAGUUCUAGUAUACAAUCUCAUUUUGUAGCAUUACUCGCAUCCUCUUGCAAUUUCCAUCGGGCAUGCCGUAAUUUCAUCUACGUCCUUUUGCGCUGCGAUAGCAACAUCCGCCGGUGUCCAUCACCUUAAUGCUGCUGCACAAAAGCAUACGGGGACACUGCUGUUGAGAGAAUCUCGGACUGUUUCUAGGCUGUCACGGACAUCUCUCAUCAAUGACCGAGCU